GGGCGGAGGCCCGGCUACAAAACGCCGCGCCCGGCGCCCGCUGUCCCCGCCCACCCCACCUUCUCCGUGCCGAGGGGCGCGCGAGGAACGGACAGGCGCGCGGGGUCCCCCUGGCAGGUCCUGCCCCGCCGGCGCGAACAUGUUGGACGGCCUGAAGAUGGACGAGAACUUCCCCAGCGCCCUGGACCCCGCGGCCUCCUUCUCCUCCCUGCUGGGCGGCGCCGGGGGUCCCAAGUCGGUGUGCCAAGGCUGCGAGCGCGUCAUCUCCGACCGGUUCCUUCUGCGACUCAACGACAGCUUUUGGCACGAGCAGUGCGUGCAAUGCGCCUCCUGCAAGGAGCCCCUGCAGACCACCUGCUUCUACCGCGACAAGAAGGUCUAUUGCAAGUACGACUAUGAAAAGCUCUUCGCGGUCAAGUGCGGCGGCUGCUUCGAGGCCAUCGCGCCCAGCGAGCUCGUCAUGCGCGCCCAGAAGAGCGUCUACCACCUGGGCUGCUUCUGCUGCUGCGUGUGCGAGCGGCAACUGCGCAAGGGGGACGAGUUCGUGCUCAAGGAGGGGCAGCUGCUGUGCAGGGGCGACUACGAGAAGGAGCGCGAGCUGCUCAGCCUGGCCAGCCCCGCCGCCUCCGACUCGGGUGA